AUGGCCUCUGAUGAGUACCCAGUGAAGGCUGUUGGAUGGGCUGAGAAAACAGAGUACUUCUCCAGAAGGGCGACUGGGGAGCAUGAUGUGCAAUUCAAAAUGUUGUAUUGUGGGAUAUGUCAUGGAGAUCUUCACAUGAUCAAGAAUGACUUAGGCAUGUCUCGUUACCCUGUGGUGCCGGGGCAUGAAAUUGUGGGAGUGGCAACUGAAGUUGGGAGCAAAGUGAAGAAGAUCAAUGUGGGUGAUAAAGUCGGCGCUGGAUUCUUGCAGGAGUCCUGCCGCAGCUGUGAAAUGUGCACCCAAAAUACUGAAAACCACUGCCCCAAUUUGACAUUGACAUUUGGUAGCACUCUUCCCGACGGCAGCAUCACCUAUGGAGCUGUGAAGUUUGCCAAGGCAUUUGGGGCUAAGGUGACAGUGAUCGGUACAUCUGAGAGUAAAAAGAAGGAAGCCAUUGAGAAGCUCGGUGCGGAUGGUUUCUUAAUCAGCGCUGAUCCUGAGCAGAUGCAGGCUGCAGCUGGUACAAUGAAUGGGAUAAUUGAUACAGUUUCUGCGGCGCAUCCUCUCAUGCCUUUGAUCAAUUUAUUGAAGACGAAAGGGAAUAUUAUAAUGGUUGGUGCACCUGAUAAACCACUUGAGCUCAACACAGUUGCACUUCUUCUGGGUGGGAAGAGUGUGAUUGGGAGUGGGAACGGAGGCAUCAAGGAAACUCAAGAGAUGUUGGAUUUUGCAGCAGAGCACAAUGUUGUUGCAGAUGUUGAGGUCAUCAGAAUGGACUAG